AACGUCAGCAAAACUGUUCUCAGUCUUGUCAAGACUUCAGGGAGAAAAUAAAAGAAAUGCUACAGAAUUACUCACAACCCUGGGUUAAAGACGAAGAAAAGCUCCUAGAAAUCAGGACUGAGCUUAGCCUCAAGUGCAAUGGUUUGGAGAACGCCAUCAUAACCCAGAAAAAUACUCCACUGGGAUCGAAGAUUGACUUUGAUGGGAACAAUUGGCGUUCUGUCAAGGUGGACUCAGAAACUUUUGCCACAUUUACCAAAACGCAUCAGAUCUUGAAUAAAACUUUGCAUUCAUGUGCUGUUGUUGGGAAUGGAGGAAUCCUGGCAAACAGCAAGUGUGGAAAUGAGAUUGACUCAGCUGAAUUUGUGAUCAGGUGUAACCUGGCUCCUUUGCUAAACGGAUAUGAGGAACAUGUUGGGAAGAAAACAGACAUUGUGACUGCAAACCCAAGCAUUUUAACUUUUAGGUAUGGCUCUCUUUUAGAACACAGACGUAUGUUUGCAGAGAGUCUGUGCCAAUAUGGCAAAGCCAUGCUGCUGCUUCCUGCCUUCUCCUAUCGUAUUAACACAGCUACGUCUCUACGGGCGUCCUACACCAUCGAUGACUUUAGGAUCCCCAUGCAGCCUGUCUUCAUCAACCCAAAGUACCUUCAAAGUCUUGCUCUUUUUUGGGGCUCUCUAGGAUUGAAGGCAAGACGUCUCACCACUGGCAUUAUGAUGACAAGCCUGGCACUGGAGCUGUGUGACAACGUGGAUCUGUAUGGAUUCUGGCCUUUCGGUGUUCACCCACAAAGCUUCCAGUACCUGACUCACCAUUAUUAUGAUGACGGAAAACUGAAGAAAGGUUUCCAUGCCAUGUCUGAUGAGUUCAAGUUGUUGUUGCAGUUGCACAACCAAGGUGUGCUGAAGCUGCACCUUGGGGAGUGUGGACCAGAUGAAUAGUAGUUAGAUUUGGCAAAGACAUUCUCAGUACACUGUGAGACAUUUGAGCCACAUUGAGUUGUGUCUGUUAUCUUCUUCUCUGUAAAUUGAAUAUAUUU